UUUGUAGGACGAGGAAUCUACUUUCGCUAUUCUUGGUUCGGUAACGAUUCUAGAAGGAUCUCGUCUGCUCUGUGGAUUAAAUCCUCCUCUCUCUCUCUCUUCCUUUCCGACGCUACCGUUAACGACCGAGCUUAACUAAAGAUGCGUCGUCUCUGAGAAUUGGCUUUGCCGAAUUGCCGAGAAAUGAAUUUUAAGGAAUGUUUCUUCGACUGGUUUGAAUCGUUAUUUUGAAGAGAGAAAAUGACGGCCGCGUGGAAUCAGAUGGACGUUCUCCUAACUUGCUCCGUGUGCAACGAAAGGUUCAAGAACCCUAAAUUGUUGCCAUGCCAACACACCUUCUGUAUGGAACCGUGCCUGGAGAAAGUGGCCGACUCGUCGAGACAUCAGGUGAAAUGUCCCGAAUGUAACGCGGAACACAGGAUACCUUAUCAGGGGGUUCAAGCUUUUCCCAACAACGUCACCCUAACUCGAUUCCUAGAACUGAGAGUCAGCGUCAACGGUCAAGCUCUCGAGCCUCCUCCGUCCAUGCUGAGGUGUGCGGUGUGCAACGAAAAGGAGAGGUUAGAAAAGUGCUGCCACUGCAACAAGAAGAUAUGUCAGAGUUGCAAGAAGGCGCACGUGGCUCUACUCAAACAAGAAAUCGUGUUGAUAAACGGCCAGGUUAAAGUAGGUCUGGCUAAUUUAUCGGGGACGCUCAAUCAAACCAAACAGAACAAAGACAAACUUCAAGAAAACUACAAAUGCGUGAAACACAAGAUCGAGGAAUUGAUCAGAAGGUACACCAGCGAUCUGGAAGAAGCGGAGGAGAAGCUUAAGCACGAGCUCGAGGUCUACCUGUGCACGGAGGAACGUAACAUCACCAAAUUGAAAAACGACUUGGAGCUGGAGAUCAAAAAUAUCACCAGUAAUUGCGAAAUGGUGGAGAAAUACAUGAGUAACGGGGUGGAGUGGACCGACGCGGAGCUGAUGGACUACAAAGACGUCUUCCAGAGGACUUUAGAUUUCGUCAGGAAUUUCGAGCCCGACACCUCCGAUUUCAGCAGGAGAGUGAAGUUUCAUUCUAGAACGGAUCUGGAAACUUUCCGGAAAUCGCUGAAAGAAUUUUGUAAAUUAGAGAACAGCCCGAGCGUAGUGGCCAUCCCUAAUUUAUACCAGAACGGAUUGAUCCUGAGAAGUCAGAGCGACCAUCGUCUGGCCAUGCAACACUCCAGGCACGAAGAACCCAAAACGGACGCUUCGGACAGGGAACCUUACAGGCGGUUCGGGGAUCGAAACGUUCGGGAACGCAGCGUCGAGCGCGACGCGGGGCGUCACGAUGACAAUUACCUGUCGCCGCGAAGAAGAGAGGACUCUCGUCGCGGCAGCCGAGGCCAGUCCAGAGAAGGAAGUCCAGAAGUGCCCAGAAUCGUGGAAGAACGCGUGGAAAAGAUCGUAGAGACCGAAGACGCCACCAAAGGGCCGAUCAGCAAAGUGGUGCGAUUGUUGGAUUCGCCGCAGGUGAUGGAAAAGUUGCAUCAGUCGGAAGUGCGGAAGAAGCAGCAACAGAAGGAACAAGAGAGGAAGGCGCAGCAACCUCCUCCUCGACCCGUUUCCACUUAUCAGCCCAGAAUCCAGCGACAGGUGAGCGAAGACGACGUGGACAAACAGAAGAAGCAAAACCAAGCGGCCGCGGCGUCCACUUCGGACAAAGACGACGCCAGGAGCGUCAGAAGGACGUCGGAUACCACCACCGCGCCCAAACCUCGUCAGGAGCUCAGGAGUUUCAGAACGUCGACCGAGUCGGAGACCGAGACUGCCAACGGCAGGAGAGUGGCGACCGACACACACAAGCCUCCAGUUUCUCCGCGUCAGCCUCCUCAACCCGCCAGGCCCCCCAGAAGCGUAACCGCUAAGAGUGGCUCGACGGAAACCGAAGACAAAACUCGAUCCACGCCUCCCAGGCCGCGCCUCAACCCCGUAAGCACCAAAGAAAAGAACGAAGAACCCGAAACGCGCAAGAAACCUUUCGUCAGCCGUUUCCUGGUCCAGCGGAAGGAAAACGACAAGCGCGACGACUCCAGCGAUUCCAGUAGCGACGACGAAAAAGACGGCAAAACAUCGAACAGGGGAGACCUGAGUCCCUCUGUCAGUGAAUUGUUGGCCAGAAGCGCGCAGGCCAGAAGACAGAGUCUGACCUCCACUAACUUGGGCACCAGAUCGCCCCUGUAUCCCGCCCCCUCGGAGGGCCCCGGCAGCUGGCGAGACGCCUUGCGACGCAGGGACAGUCCGACGUCUUCCGCGAGAAGGCGACCCCCCAGCGAAGAAUCGGAGGACGAACCGUCCCCUUACCUGCGCUACUCGGAGAGGAGGAGGAGUGUGGCGGCGCUGGAAUCUAACCCGGCCACAUCUGACAGGAAUCGCUUCCGGAGUCGCAUCGCGCGAAGCAAGAGCUCUCACGACAUCGCGCUGGGGGAGGAAAGCGAGGAAGAUUCCAGCUACACGCGAUCCAGGACGUCGCGAUUCUCGCGCGAGACCAGCCCGGCCAAAGAAAUGGGUGGCUACGCGCAGUACCUGAAGAAUAAAUAUGCUAGGAAUCGCAUCAGGAACGAAGGAGGGGGAAGCGACGACAGUUCGGACGAAGAGGAUGGGUCAGCCGGCCGCAGGAGGGACGGUCCGGUGUCCAGAUAUGGAGAAAAUUUCGGGUCGGCCGCCUCGCGAAGGCAUUACCUGCAGAAGGGGAAGCCCGUUCUCAAGUUCGGCACGCGCGGAAGCGAACCCGGAUGCUUCACCUGGCCCAGAGGGGUGGCCACGGGACAGGACGUGGUGGCCGUGGCCGACAGCAGCAACCACAGAGUCCAGAUAUUCAACUCGAACGGCAAGUUCCUGCACGAGUUCGGCAGUUACGGCAGUGGGGAAGGGGAGUUCGACUGUCUGGCGGCGGUGACCGUGGCCAAGAACGGACACUACGUCGUCUCCGACAGGUACAACCACCGCCUGCAGGUCUUCGACCCCACCGGUAGAUUCGUCAACAGCUUCGGCGGCGAGGGAAGGGCCGACGGCAAGUUCAACUAUCCCUGGGGCCUGGCCGCCGACGCUCUGGGCUUCGUCUACGUCUGCGACAAGGAGAACCACCGCAUUCAGGUUUUCCAGUUGGACGGUACUUACGUUAGUAAAUUCGGAAGUGCAGGCAGCCGGCCGGGAGAACUGGAGCACCCCCAUUACAUAGCGGUCAGCAACACCAACAGGGUGAUCGUCAGCGACAGCAACAACCACAGGAUCCAGAUCUACGACGUCAACGGGCGACUGCUGUCCACUCUGGGCUCCGAGGGAACCGAAGAGGGACACUUCAAGUUUCCCAGGGGAGUGGCCGUCGACGAACGGGGCUACGUGGUGGUGGGCGACAGCGGAAACAACCGCAUUCAGGUCUUCCAACCCGACGGCACCUUCCUCAAAGCCUUCGGCAGUUGGGGCUCGGGAGACGGAGAAUUCAAGGGCCUGGAAGGCAUCGCCGUUAAUUCCACCGGCGGCAUUCUUGUCUGCGACCGCGAAAAUCACAGAAUUCAAGUCUUUUGAACCGGUGAGUGCGCCUCCUGUUUCCUCCGUAAUUUCUGCAUUCCGAUCGCCGUAAAUAAACGGAGUCGGGCUCGACUGGACCAAAGUUUUGGCCACUGCCAAUUAAUAAGACGGUACGAGAUUAAAUACCUAAAUUAAAACCCGGUCUGGCCUCUUUGUUUACCAGUUUAUACGUUUUAGUAACGCCGAUUUAAAGUUGCCGUAAAACAUUUUCCUCUGGCAAAAAUAACAAUCUUAAAGCUUUUUACGACUAUUUAAUGUGACUUUUAUACAUUUUAACCGGUUAAUUUUUUUUAAAUUGCAGGUGUUUACAAGUAGCAAACACUUUUUACGCCGGGACGGAAGAAAAAUCCAAAAAAUAUAUAUAUUCUAGUGAAUUUAAUACUAUUUAAAAAGACUAACAAUUUUUGUGUAAAGUUAUUUACUUUGGAAUAUUCUGUAGAAAAUAAAAAAGAUAAUAAAGAAAUC